AUGGAUGAUGAUACAUCUGGAUGUGGUCAUGCAGUACAUCAUGGAUCUGAUUUGUAUCGUGAAACGGAUAAGGACGCAGCAGACAAGGGAGAAAUUGGUGUGUCUGAAACUCAACAUCAUCAUCAUGUAGAAAUUGGUGUUUCUCCGCAGAGUCACCAGCACAAGUCUGUUCCUUCAUCAUCCACACAGCCUGAAGAGACUUCUAAAUCAAGUUUAGAUAGUGAUGAAAUGAAGAAUUACAUCAACAAAUGUUUUGCUGAAAAGAUGGCCGAACUGGUUACACUAAUAUCAAAAAUACAUGCUGAGAUUUUUGUUGUUAUACAGGAGGACAAAAUUGAUGAACAACAACAAAGUCAAGAAGACGGAUCCAACAAACAGGAGAGACAACAUAAAUCUGAUAUGCAGCAUGAAGAUUAUGAUAAGGGAUCACUAAAUGAUAUAGAAGUGUCUCGUGAUGAAGAAUCUAAUAAGAAGCACCUUCUUAAGGAUAAACAAUUAUUGGAUGUGAAUGUGGUCGAUAAGGACGCAGGUCGUGAGGAUAAUUUUAAAAAUGAGGAUUGUUCUGAUUUGCAAGCUUUGGAGGAUGAGAUUAUGGCAUAUGAAGAAGAAUAUAGUGAUGAAGAGUUGGGAAAAAAGAACAUUUCAGAUGUAGAAGAUUUGUCGGAUGUGAAUCUAACCGCUAAACAAGAUGUUACUGAAAUGAAUUUGAAAAAUCAGAAAUCUACUGAUGUAACAGAUGUCCAGGAUGAAGUUGGUGGGACAAUAACUGAUUCAAUACAAUCAGCUGUAGAUACACUUUUAUUUGGUCGGUCAAUACCUUCGACUACAAAGUCAUUGGAUGUUGGUGCUUCAAAUAAAAUGACCGAAAGACACUGGGACCUUCCAAACAGUCAGAUUCCACCUGACUUCCCUGAUGCUCAAGUUCGGGAGCUUCAAGCCUCAAAAUCAAAAUCACCUGCCAAACGAGAAAGAAAGAAGUCCAGGGUUUUAAGGUCACCAUACAUUUCAAAGUAUGGCUCUGGCUCUAAGGAUGCAGUUGAUAUCGAUAAAGAGGAGAAGCUGAAGUAUGCUUUUGAUGGGUACAACAUCAACCAAGAUUUGCCUAACAAAUUGAUGAUUGAUUACUCCCAGUGGAUUGUCCAUUUAGAUGUGAUCUUCUACCACUUGAGAAAGAAAUUAAAGAUUCAUCUGGGUGAUAAUUAUAGAUAUACAACGACAAGAUGCUUCUUUAAAAAAUAUGUUGAGAAGACACAUACUCGUUAUUAUCCAGCGGAACUGGCAGUUGACCUAUCCACACAACAAGACUAUGCAGAAUCAAUUUUUGUGGCUAAGAAUGAAGAUGCUAUUGCUAAUAUAAUUCAGGGAUUCUGUAUGCCUACUGGAUUACCAUGGUAUAUGGUUGAUGAGGUAUAUGUUUCGAUUAACUGCGGUAAAGAAUUUCAUUGGAUAUUGGCUGUGAUUGUUUUGAAGGAAAGAUUAAUAAGUGUGUAUGACUCACUGUCAAGUAAAAGGAAACAAGAACCUCCAAUUGAAAUACAAAAGCUUACAGUUAUGCUUCCAACUUACUUGUUAGACAAUGGCUUUUAUGAUAAGACCGAGCGAACUGACUGGCCAUCACUUGAAGCUUACAAAGGAAAGAUUACUCAGCAAACUGGUCUUGUAAAUAAAAUCCCAUUUGAUGUUAACUAUGUGCAAAAUAUCCCACAACAAGCGUUUGAUAGUUUGGACUGUGGCGUAUUUGUGUGUGCCUAUGCAGAAAUAUUAAGCGAAGGACUAGAAGUUCAUUCAUGUGAGUUUGAUUCUGCAUGUCAACGUGCACGCUAUGCUUUCUUACUGUGGCAUUACGGAGUGAAAAAGGAAAAUAAAGGGUACACGAGUGAUAACGGAGAUCCGCCUCGACCAAGGAAAAGUGUUAUCGAAGAAAUUGAAGCAAAUGCAAUUGUUACUUUAGAGUAG